UUAUUCCUGCUAAGAUUUUGCGAAUACCGGUAACACAGUUAUCGGGUUUUAAAAUUAAUUAAUAACAAGAAUUAUGAAUUAAGUUGUUGAACAAUUACAAUCAUCGUAGAAAUAAUUUCACGGGAUGGUUUACAAAGUAAUUUGUAUAUUAUGCGCCUCGAGUAUUCCAUUUCUGUACAGUAUAGAUGGUGAUUUUGUUUUUGACGAUUCUGAAGCAAUUAUUUCAAAUAACGAUGUAACUUCGAGUUCAUGGAUGGAUGCUUUCCGUCAUGACUUCUGGGGAACAGACAUAGAAAGUGAACUUAGCCACAAAUCGUACCGACCACUUACGAUACUCUCCUUUAAGCUGAAUUAUUAUUUAAGCAACAAAGUUUUCGACCCUGUACAAUUUAAGCUCACAAAUGUAUUCUUCCACAUCACAUGCUGUUAUAUUUUGUGGUUGACGUUUGAAAGUAUAUUGGAUGAUGUGGGCAUGAAGACACACAAACCCCGGCCGUGGCACAAUGACAUAGCUUUCUUAGCCACUGUGCUAUUUUCUGUUCACCCUGUACAUGUUGAAGCCAUCAGUGGCGUAGUCGGAAGGGCCGAUGUACUGGCAGGCAAUACAUUCUUCCUUGCUUAUUUAUUUUACAAGAAAGCUAUGGUUAGCGUAAAGCUUAGUUUAUUUUAUUUAUUACUUGCAAUAAUAUUAGCAACAAUGUCCAUGCUUUUCAAAGAAAAUGGGGUAACAGUGUUGGGUUUCUGCUUAUUUCACGAACUGUUUGUAAAGUUCAAUCCCAAAAAACCCAUCCAUGCUCAAGAAACAAAAGCUAAGGAUAAUAAGUAUUUAUUAUUAAAGAUAAAUUUUAUUUUAAGAAUAUUUUGUACAGUAAUGGCUAUUAUAUUUCUGAUAUAUGGAAGAUGGAUGGUGAUGGGGGGAACUACACCUGAGUUCAAAGCUAUUGAUAAUCCAGCGGCAUACUCUAAAAGUGUUUUUGCAAAGAUAGCAACAUACAAUUACAUCUACUUUUUAAAUCUUCUCCUGUUAAUUUGGCCACAGUGGUUAUGUUAUGAUUGGUCAAUGGGCUGUGUACCUUUGCUGAAAAAUGAACGAGACUACAGGAUACUGUUCAUAGUACUUAUUUAUCUUUAUGGAUUUUUUACAAUAGUAAGCUUAUUCCGUCAACAGAAUAAAGGUAAAAUGAAAAGGCUCACAAUCGUUGCGCUGGCGCUGGCCGUAAUAUCGUUUCUACCUGCAAGCAAUAUAUUAUACCCUGUCGGGUUCGUCAUAGCCGAGAGGAUCCUAUACAUUCCCUCCGCCGGGUACUGCCUACUUAUUACGAUAGGACUCCAUAGAUUAAUCCAAUUUGAAAAACGGAAAAGUUAUAAGAUUACUAUCAAGCUCUUCUGUUUGCUCAUAUUUACGUUCGCACUUAGAAGUUGGCAAAGAGCUGAAGAGUGGCGAAACGAGUAUCAAUUGUUUGUUAGCGGCUUGUCUGUCUGCCCGCUUAAUGCCAAAGUACACUACAACGUAGCCAAAGUUGCCGAUGCCAACCGACAAACCGAUUGGGCGUUAGAAGAAUACAAGAAAUCUAUAAGACUAUAUCCUAAGUAUUACCAAGCAUUGAACAACUAUGCUAAUUUAUUGAAAAAUAAAGAGCGUUAUUCGGAAGCAGAAUUAUACCUCAAAACAGCAGUUAGCAUAAAGAAUGACUUCCCAGCCGCAUGGAUGAAUCUAGGCAUAGUAUUAGCGAAAGUUCAACGAUUUGAAGAAGCUGAGUCUGCCUAUAGAAAGGCAUUGGACUACAAAUGGAACUACCCCGACUGUCUCUACAAUCUGGGCAAUAUGUAUAUUGAAAUGAACAAAACAGAAGAAGCUUUACAACAUUUGCAUCGAGCAGUAAAACUGAACUCUACGCAUGUUUUGGCAUGGACUAACUUACUUGCAUUGUUGGACAACACAGGUCAAUUAGAAAGGUCAUUAGAAUAUAUACCGAAAGCUCUAAUGAUGUUACCGGACUCACCACCGGUAAAUUUUGCUAUUGCCAACAUAUACGGUAAAAUGGAUCGCUUUGCUGAUGCUGAAAAACACUUCAAAAAAAGUAUUACUUUAUUUGAUGGCAAAGUUCAAGCAUUGUACUAUGCUAAUCUUGGCGUACUUUAUCAUCGCUGGCGAAAAUUUCUUCUAGCCGAAGAAAUGUAUAAGAAAGCUUUAGCGAUUGAUCCUGCAUUCCAAAGUGCACGAAAAAAUCUUGAAAACUUGAAAGGAAUACUACAUAAAUAAAUACCAGUAGUGCUAAACGUAGGUACAAUUUUUACUGUCUCAAUUCGAAUACAUUUUUAAAAUAAAUCUACAAUUACACAUA